CGCAAACAAACAAAUAACAUCUGAUAUUUAAAAAUUACAUGUAUAUUUAAAUGCUUUACCAACAAGACUAGAAGCAAAACCGCACCAGGGUAUACAAACUCGUCGAUUUCCCAGUGCUCACUGUGCUUUGCGAGGUGUGAGUGAUCCGAAAUCGCCCGAGUGACACGGGUGAAAAGACACUACAUUGCAUUCGAUUUGCAGAAAGUGGACAAUUGUCCCGUGUUGAAAGACGUUGAUAAUAAUACAACUGAAGUGUUACCAACGCCUGAACUAUGACCUUGUUACUAACUCAGCGAGCCCCAGAGCUCAAGUGUGUGGUGGUAGGGGACGACUCGGUGGGGAAGACCAGCAUGCUGAUGGGCUAUGCCACCAACAGGUACCCGACGCAGUACGUGCCCUCUGUCUUUGACAAUUAUGCAGGAUCUGUCAAGGUUGCAGGUCGGAAGGUUCAAAUGCAAAUUAUCGACACCGUGGAAGCUGAGGAGAACCCCAAGUUUCGUCAUAGCGUAUACCCCGGAACUGACGUAUUUGUCGUCUGCUUUUCUGUCAUCCGGCCGGAUUCGCUUCAUCAUGUGGAGGAAGUCUGGCUGCCAGAGAUUCGUUCACACUCACCGACUACUCCGUUCAUCCUUGUCGGCGCUCAGGCAGACCUGAGGUGCGUGGACGAGAUCGUGCAGAUGUUAUCCUCUAACGACCAGCAUCCGGUUAGUACAGCUGAAGGAAUGUCCGCCGCCAAACGCGUCGGGGCUGCCUGCUACAUCGAGACUUCGCCGGAAGUGGAGAAAAAUGUUCGCAAACUCAUCAACGAAGCGAUUGCGUCCGUUCUCAGGGGAGGAACAGCAGAAUCGAGCUCGUGCUCUAUUCUUUAGUUAGUUUUUUUUUUUCCCCUCUUCGGAUUUGUUACAGUCAUUAUCCCAUAAGGUUUUGGUCAUCAUGCUGUUGAGUUGCUGUCGUCGUGAAGAUAAAUUAUUUUAUUGUUUAUAAUUUUCCAAUACAAAAAAAUCCUAACAAUGUGUGCAAUACAAAGCUGUUGGUAACCAGUUGAGUGCCAAUGUAGCGAAGGGUUUGUGCGCAUUUUCCGUCUUUCAUGUGAGCAUUUUGAAUCAAAGUUAUACCCAUCUUUCUUCUCAACAUUCGUACAUUGUGUCAAGGUCAACAACUGAGAGAACGAGACCCAUGCAUCAAGUAUUUAGUAAUCUCUUGAUUGUCGUUAAGUUUGAAAGAAAUGUUGCUUUUGUUAUGUAAGACAAAACAUGAUUUGAAAAAAAAAAA